GGCGCACUGCAGCCGGACGCCCGGCACCGCGGAGAGCCGGGGCCCCGCGAGCGGGAGCGCGCUCCCGAGGCGCGCGCCAUGGAACAGCGGUUAGCCGAGUUCCGGGCGGCCAGGAAACGGGCCGGGCUGGCGGCGGAACCCAGCACGCGGAGCCACGGUGCGCAAACCGCAGGAGAGAAGGCGGAAGCGGCCGCGACUCCCAAGGCAGCCCCAGGCUGGCUGACACGGUUCCUCGUGUGGAAACCGAGGCCCGCCAGCACCCGGGCCCGGCCCAGCCUCGCUCAGGAAGUGGCUCAGCCUGGGAGCAGCACAUCACAGCCACCACGGAAUACAGCCAUUCCUCUGUCAUCGCCCCGGGACCAGUCUGUCCUGACCAGCAUCACUUUCCUGAAGGUUCUUCUCUGGUUGGUCCUGCUGGGACUGUUUGUGGAACUGGAAUUUGGCCUGGCCUAUUUUGUCCUGUCCUUGUUCUACUGGAUGUACGUCGGGACACGAGGCCCAGAAGAGAGGAAAGAGGGAGAGAAGAGUGCCUACUCUGUAUUUAACCCAGGCUGCGAAGCCAUCCAGGGCACCCUGACUGCAGAGCAGUUGGAGCACGAGUUACAGUUUAGACCCCUGGUGGGGAGAUAGACCAACUCUGUUGUCAUGCAGCUAGCCUCACAUGUAGUCCUCAGAGCCCUUCUGUGUGGGCUUGCGGGUUUGACUUCAGGUGCCCAAGAAUAAGGACAGCUUGCAGGUUAGUUCUGGGACGCUGAAGUGCUACAUUCUUUCCCAGAUCUUUUGCUGCAGUUUUAUCUUUGAACUUUUCUUUGGUUUUAGUGAAACCCUGUGAAAGAUACCACUGUGGAUCUGAUGCAAUUUAUAAAAAUUACCUACUCAGGAAAGUGA